AUGCAAGCGAAGCAAGGUACAAAAGACAUUAUAAUUUACUCAGGAAGCGGGGGUAAAUAGGGUGUAGCCAAACCCCAUAUGUCACCUGAGGUAAUAGAGAAGAGUAGAAAAUAGAGGAUGAAUAGUCCUAAAAUGAACAUGGAGGAGGAGAAAAUUGACGAAAAAAGGUAUUUUAAAUUAAACAGAGUUAUUUUCAAACUAACUGUAACAUAAAAUCAUUAAACUUUUUAACCUUAAUUCAUAAAAUAAUUAUUGAAAAAUUUUAUAUUUUGUAAUUAAGAUAAAAUACACAUAUAUUGA